UGUUAGAAUGGAUCAACGAAUCAAUCUGCAGAUUCUCCUUCAAAGGGUGGCCGAUGGUGGAAAGAAUCUGGGAAAAUAAGAGGAAGCAUAAAUUUGCCUUGCGACUGGCAAAAAUGCUAAUAAAGAGUGAUGUUUCGUGGGAUCAAGAUAUUGCUGUACAGGGCCUGUAUGGAGCUAGCACUGGAUCCCCUGUCUCUGAUCCUUCGCAUCCUUUGCUUACAGCAACAAAAACAGGAAUACUAGAGGUUGUUUAUGAAAUGCUCAUAGAGAAGCCUCAUUUGCUUGAUCUUCUUGACAAAGAAGGGAAGAACAUAUUGCAUGUAGCUAUAAAGUACAGACGCAAGGAUAUUUUCCAUCUUAUAAAGAGUAACCGGAUAAUAUCGAACAGGAUGAGCUAUGGAAUUGGCAAAGAUGGCUACACGUUGUUGCACCAAGUAGCAGACAACAAGCAUUACUCUGUAGGAAGCACGCAUGGUCCUGCACCACAAUUACACGAAGAGUUAAAAUGGUUCACAGUAAGCCCCUUUCGUACAGUAUCUUUAGAUCAUUGUAUUAUAUUAUUUUAACCUACCAAGAUAAAUUGGAAUUAUCCUAGGUGAUUUAUAAUUGAAUCCCAAUUUCGUGUAACUUUUCAUUUUGAGGAGUUUGCUGUCAUGUUCUCCUUCUGUAUGCAGCGUGUCGAGAAGCUCAUCCCUUCUUAUUAUGCCAAGCUCCGCGACUCUGAGCAGAAAAUGACUGCAGAGGAGCUCUUCAAAGAUAUGCACAAAGACCAACUCCUGGCCGCAAAACAAUGGGCCAAGGAAACUUCUCAGUCAUGCUCAGCUGUAGCUGUUCUUAUUGCCACCAUUGUCUUUGCUGCUGCCUACACUGUACCUGGUGGUUCAAAUGAUAAGGGCAUCCCAAUUUUCCUCCACAAAAACUUUUUUUUGUUUUUCACCAUCAUGGAUGUUAUCGCCUUAGCAAGCUCCUUGACCUCAGUUGUGAUGUUCCUCUCUAUCCUCACUUCUUCUUUUGAUUACGAAGAUUUUCGUUACUCGAUCCCUCGAAAACUGACUUUUGGAUUCACUUUACUCUUCUUCUCCGUGAUGGCGACCAUGCUUGCUUUCGCUGCCACCAUUUUGCUCAUCGUUCAAUCAGGGAAACAAUUGACAGCAGGUUUGAUUUCAAUUGCCGCGUUUUUUCCCGUCUCCGUGUUUGCAAUGAUGCAGUUCCGUUUCUAUGCUGCAUUCAUGCAUUCCACGAAGGGCAUCCGUAAGGCAAUGAGGAGGUCCCUCCCUCGGUUUGGUGCCCCUUUACUGUUUCGCAAGAGAAAGCAGUGUCGAUAUUUAUUUCCGAAAAAGCAAGUUUUAGAAUCAGAUUAUUACUCUGGAUUUUGAUUUUAAGGUGUGGAUAUUAGUGCCAGUUCAUACCAACAACUAUGUGAGAGAGUAUUAGCAGCUGAUACUCUUUAUCACACGGUCCUACUUAUCAAUCACCUGUUAUAGUCUACCUGCAAUUCCACUGAAUCUCUAGUGGCUGUGUUUACUGAAGAUUCCUUCGUCAACAUCUACGUGAGGCCAACAACGUGGUCAAUUCACUUGCUAUCUUCUUUUGGUUAAUAAAUUGAAUCUACUGUUCUGUUUU